CAAAAAGAAACAGAGGAGAAAACGAGACGACGACGACGACGACAAACUAGUAAAAGAAAUUAAAAAAAGGCGUCGUUCUUCCCUUAUUUUCUCCUCCGUAUCUCUCUUCCUCUGUAUUUACGGUGUACGUUUGGUCGAAAUGGGUUCCAGUAAACUGAAACGCGCCAUUGGAGCCGUGAAAGAUCAAACAAGCGUAGGAUUAGCCAAAGUCGGAGGUCGAAGCAGCUCUUUAACGGAACUCGAAGUAGCCGUCGUGAAAGCUACGCGGCACGACGAACAUCCAGCGGAGGAGAAAUACAUCAGAGAGAUCUUAAGCCUAAUGUCUUACUCACGUAAUUAUGUAAGCGCUUGUGUGGUAACUCUCGCGAGACGACUCAACAAGACCAAGAACUGGUCGGUUGCUCUCAAAACCUUGAUUUUGAUCCAAAGGCUGUUAACAGACGGCGAUCGAGCCUACGAGCAAGAGAUCUUCUUCGCAACAAGAAGAGGAACGAGAUUGCUUAACAUGUCUGAUUUCAGAGACGCGAGUCUGUCUCAUUCGUGGGAUUACUCUGCUUUUGUUCGGACUUAUGCUUUGUAUUUGGACGAGCGGCUUGAUUUCCGGAUGCAAGGAAAGAAAGGGAAACACGGCGGUGAUGGUGAUUCCGGUGACGAAGAUGAUCGUCGAGAAACCUGUACCGAUCUUCGGUCAAGAGCUAUUGUUGUUAAGUCUAAACCCGUCACAGAGAUGAAAACAGAGAAAAUCUUCAUUAGAGUACAACACUUACAACAGCUUCUUGAUCGGUUCUUAGCUUGUCGUCCCACAGGUACUGCGAAGAACAACAGAGUGGUGAUUGUGGCUUUGUAUCCAAUAGUAAAAGAGAGUUUUCAGAUAUACUAUAACAUCACUGAGAUAAUGGGAGUAUUAAUAGAUCGAUUCAUGGAACUAGACAUUCAUGAUUCGAUCAAAGUCUAUGAUAUCUUCUGUCGAGUUUCUAAACAAUUCGACGAGUUAGAUCCCUUUUACGGAUGGUGUAAGAACAUGGGAGUUGCAAGAUCUUCAGAGUAUCCAGAAUUGGAAAAGAUCACACAGAAGAAACUUGAUCUCAUGGACGAGUUUAUAAAAGAUAAAUCAGCUUUAGCUGCACAAACAAUAAAAUCAUCAUCAAAAAAGUCUAACAAAUCGGAGAAAAAAACAGAGGAAACAACCGAAACUCAUGAAGAUUUAAACUCCAUUAAAGCUUUACCAGCACCGAAACACGAAGAAGAAGAGGAAGAAAACGAAGAAGAAAAAAUGGAAACAAAGAGAGAUUUUGAGGAAGUGGCUUCAAGACAAGACCAAGAGGGUAAUUUGCUGGAUUUAACGGAUGAAGCAGGUGAAAUGGCAGGUUCGAUUGGUGAUAGUUUGGCUUUAGCGUUGUUCGAUGGAGCGGUUGCGACUGAAAGCGUGUCUGGACCAGGGUGGGAAGCGUUUAACGAUGAUUCGACAGAUUGGGAGACUGCACUGGUGAAAUCGGCAACAAGAUUGUCAGGUCAAAAGAGUGAGCUUGGAGGAGGAUUUGAUAGUUUGUUGCUUGAUGGAAUGUAUCAGUAUGGCACGGUUAAUGCUGCGGUUAAAGCAUCUACAGCUUACGGAAGUAGUGGAAGUGCAAGUAGUGUGGCUUUUGGUUCUGCAGGAAGACCAGCAGCCUCAAUGUUAGCAUUGCCAGCACCGCCACCAACAACCAACGGUAACAGAAUCGGAAGUAAAAGUCCGGUAAUGAUGGACCCAUUCGCGGCGUCGCUAGAGGUGGCUCCACCACCGUACGUGCAAAUGAAUGAUAUGGAGAAAAAACAAAGAUUGUUAAUGGAAGAACAAAUAAUGUGGGAUCAAUAUAACAGAAAUGGAAGACAAGGUCACAUGAAUUUUGGACAAAACCAACAACAACAACAACAUUAUCAACAUCCAUACUCCAUGGGACCUUAUUCUUACACACCUCGAUAUUGAAAUUCUAUAAACAAACAAAACAACAACAAUUCACCAUUGAAGAGCUUGAAGGAAAGGUAUAUAUUUUUUUGGUUGUUCCUCUUAACAUUGUAAACUCUCUUCUGAUCCAUUUUACUUUGUAAACUUGUAAGAGUUGAAGAAAGAAAAGAAACAUAAAUAUGAUGUGCCUU